GGGGGGGGGGCAGGAGAGAAGGCGCGAGCCGCCGCCUGCAGCCCGGGCUGGCUUUGCGGCAGGGCGAGCCCGUGUGGAGCUCGCCAUUAAGCCGCCGCUGCGCCCCGCUCCGCCAUCUGGGGCUGGCUGGAGGGAGGCGCUUUUGUUCGCUCCUCGGGCUCCGGCGGCGGAGGGAGGCAGGCCAGCGAGGGAGCAGUCGGGUAGACUGGCGGCGGCGGCGGCAGCUGCAACAACGGCGGCUGCUUUCUCCCUGCAGCGGCUCCGAUUGCCUCGGGUGAAAACUGAUUGGUUGACACCACCGUGAAGGGGAGAGAGGGGGUGCUCGCAGGGAGACCCAGGCGGUGUCACCCUAGAGCCCAAGAGGUGGAGGAUGAACGGAGAAGCAGAUAGUCCAACCAAUUUAGAAAUGACGGCCCCCAAAAAUCAAGAUCGUUGGACCCAGGAAGACAUGUUGAACCUCUUAGAAUGCAUGAAGAACAAUUUGCCCACCAAUGACGGGAGCAAAUUCAAAACCACCGAAUCCCACCUGGACUGGGACAAGGUGGCCUUCAAGGACUUCUCUGGUGAUAUGUGCAAGAUGAAGUGGAUUGAGAUCUCCAAUGAGGUGAGGAAGUUUCGAACUCUGACAGAAUUGAUCAUGGAUGCUGAGGAACAUGUGAAAAACCCCUACAAAGGCAAAAAACUGAAGAAGCAUCCUGACUUCCCCAAGAAACCUUUGACCCCCUACUUCCGUUUCUUCAUGGAGAAGCGAGCAAAAUAUGCCAAGCUGCACCCGGAGAUGAGCAACCUGGAUCUUACUAAGAUACUUUCCAAAAAGUAUAAGGAGCUCCCUGAAAAGAAAAAGAUGAAGUAUAUUCAAGACUUCCAGAGAGAAAAACAAGAAUUUGAGCGGAAUUUGGCCAGAUUUAGGGAAGACCACCCUGAUCUCAUUCAGAAUGCCAAGAAAUCUGACAUUCCUGAGAAACCCAAGACUCCUCAGCAACUCUGGUAUACUCACGAGAAGAAGAUCUACCUGAAAGUGCGUCCUGAUGCCACCACGAAGGAGGUGAAGGAGGCGUUGGGCAAGCAAUGGUCUCAGCUCUCGGACAAAAAAAGGCUGAAAUGGAUUCAUAAGGCUCUGGAGCAACGGAAGGAGUAUGAGGAAAUGAUGCGGGAUUAUAUCCAGAAACACCCUGAGGUAAACAUCGAAGAAGGAGUUCCCCGCUCCACACUGACCAAAGCUGAGCGGCAAUUGAAAGACAAGUUUGAUGGGAGACCCACCAAGCCCCCUCCGAACAGUUACUCUCUCUACUGUGCUGAGCUGAUGGCAAACAUGAAAGAUGUCCCGAGCACAGAACGGAUGGUGCUUUGCAGUCAGCAGUGGAAGCUACUUUCCCAGAAGGAGAAGGAUGCUUAUCACAAAAAGUGUGAUCAGAGAAAGAAGGACUAUGAAAUUGAACUCCUGCGUUUUCUGGAGAGCUUACCUGAAGAAGAACAGCAGAGGGUUCUGGGAGAAGAGAAGAUGCUGGGCGUGAACAAGAAAGGUGCUACCAGCCCUGCCUCUAAGAAGUCUUCACCAGAUGCCAGCAAGGGAGGUUCUGAGAAACCCAAACGGCCCGUUUCCGCUAUGUUUAUCUUCUCGGAGGAGAAACGCAAGCAGCUGCAGGAGGAGCGGCCCGAACUGUCGGAGAAUGAACUGACCCGGCUGCUGGCACGGAUGUGGAAUGAUCUUUCCGAGAAAAAAAAGGCAAAGUACAAAGCUCGAGAGGCCGCCCUGAAAGCGCAGACUGAGAAGAAGCACGGUUCUGACAAGGAGGAGCGUGGCAAACUUCCUGAGUCACCCAAGACAGCUGAGGAGAUAUGGCAGCAAAGUGUCAUUGGAGAUUAUCUUGCACGCUUCAAGAAUGACAGAGGAAAAGCCCUAAAAGCCAUGGAAACCACCUGGAAUAACAUGGAAAAAAAAGAGAAGCUGAUGUGGAUCAAGAAAGCAGCGGAGGAUCAGAAACGAUAUGAGCGGGAAUUGAGUGAGAUGAGAGCCCCACCCUGCUCGACAAAUGCCUCCAAGAAGAUGAAAUUCCAGGGUGAGCCAAAGAAACCCCCCAUGAACGGGUAUCAGAAGUUCUCUCAGGAGCUGCUCUCGAAUGGGGAACUCAACCACCUUCCUCUGAAGGAGCGGAUGGUGGAGAUCGGUAGCCGUUGGCAGCGCAUCUCUCAGAGCCAGAAGGAGCAAUACAAGAAGCUGGCUGAAGAGCAGCAGAAACAGUACAAAGUGCACCUGGAUAUGUGGCUGAAGAGUUUGUCGCCACAAGAGAGGGCCACCUACAAAGAGCAUACUUCCAAUAAGCGGAAGAACAUGGGGAAAAUGCGAGGCCCAAAUCCCAAGAUGAAACCCUCAAUACAAUCCAAGUCGGAAUCGGAGGAUGAGGACGAAGACGAUGACGACGAAGAUGAAGAGGAAGAUGAUGACGAUGAUAAUGGGGACUCCUCUGAGGAGGGAGGGGACUCCUCUGAUUCAAGUAGUGAGGAGGAGAGUGAAGAUGGAGAUGAGAAUGAAGAAGAUGACGAUGAAGAGGAUGACGACGACGAGGAAGAUGACGACGACAACGAAUCAGAAGGCAGCAGCAGUUCCUCAUCAUCCUCAGGAGACUCGUCUGAUUCGGACUCCAACUAGGCCAUCCCCUUCCUCUGGCCGCUUUUCUCGCUGUGCUCUUAUUCGGCCUUGUUUCUCCGGAUAACAGCAACAUCAACGGCUGGAGAGCUAGGAUCAGGAGGAAAGGAGUGAGGGGGAAAAAUCACUGUGGUUUAAUUAUCUUCCUUUCCUCACGCACAUCAUAUACAAUGGUGUAUGUUUGUGUGUGAGAGGAGCAGGGUGGUAGAAAACAGCUGAUAACCAGCGAAAGGAGUUUUCUGUUUUUUUCCGUUUGUUUUUGUGGUGUGGGGAACGAGUUUUAUUUUAUUUUUUAAAGCUUUGAGGGGAUUUCCUUUCCCCUUUUCCUGUGAGAUGUGGGCAGGGGUCCUCACUACAACAAGGCCCCUUUAGUUACCCCUCACUUAUUGCUCUCCUCCCCACCCCCCAAAUUCUAGCCACCAGCUCAGAACUUUGUACAAAUUCUCUUUUUUAAAAAAAACAAACAAAUAAACAUGGCAGUGAGAGAUUUUCCCCUGGCAAACAGUCAAGGAGAGACGGGUUCCAGGAAGCGUGAUCUGUGGAAGGUUCUGGACUUUGCUACAGUGACCCGCCUCUCCGCAAAGUGGACAAUCUUGUACAGUCUUGAAAUUUCACACCUUGACAAAAGAGAGAGCGAGAGCCCUAAAUGGCCACAACUGCACCUGGCAUUUUCCUGUGAUGAACUAGAUAUCCAACGGUUUCCUGCUGAGGGAACUAGGGAGUGGGGGGGUAUGUUUUGUGAGAGUGCGUGGCAAGGGUCAGGGGGUUAGUAAUGAAAUGGAAGAACAAAUGAUUUUUUUGCAGAUGGGGGAACGCCUGGCAUGCCAUUGAGGGAGGAAUGAAUUUCAAGAGCUCCAAGGUGAUAUGAAUUUCUUUGGUAGAAGAUGGGAGUUUUUCUGUCAUUUUUCUGACCAGCAUUCAAGCAAAAGACAGUAGUGGCCAGACCCCUUUGGGUUGUUGUUGUUGUUAAUAUAUAUAUUUUUUUUUACAAUGAAGUGACCAAUAAUUGUACCAAAA